UCACCUGAAUCUCCUGUAGGAUGUUAAGAACUCCUCCUUUCCACACUUCGUCAUACUUUAAAGCACCUUCUCUCUGCCUCACUGUCUGUAAAGUUUUUCAACCAGCAAAUCCUGGACAUUUUUGAAUACAGUCACAGGGACAAUGGCUGAUUAUGUACCAUACGUGAGGGACAAAUUGACCUUUUGUCUGUGGGACUAUGGAGUAUUUGCUGCAAUGCUCUUGGGAUCCACUGGAAUUGGGUUGUUCUCAGCUCUGAAACGUGGGGGACAGAAGACACCUGAUGAAUUCUUUACAGGGGGUAGAAGCAUGACAGCUGUACCUGUGGGAUUGUCCUUAGCUGCUAGCUUUAUGUCUGCUGUACAAGUGCUUGGAGUCCCAGCUGAAGCUUAUCGAUAUGGUGCCAAGUUCCUUCAGAUGUGUCUGGGUCAAAUAUUAAACAGUGCACUGACUGCCUACAUAUUCAUGCCAAUGUUCUACAGACUUGGUGUCACCAGUACAUACCAAUAUUUAGAAAUGAGGUUUGCAAGAAGUGUUCGACUCCUUGGCACUAUCCAGUUCCUUGUGGGAACUAUGUUAUACACUGGCAUUGUCAUCUAUGCACCUGCACUAAUACUUAACCAAGUCACGGGACUAGACAUCUGGGCAUCUCUGUUUUCUACGGGAGCAAUAUGCACAUUUUAUACAUCAGUGGGUGGUAUGAAAGCAGUGAUCUGGACUGAUGUAUUUCAAGUAUUGGUAAUGAUCUCUGGUUUCUUUGCAAUCGCUAUUCGUUGCACUUUGCUGGUUGGUGGUCCCUUUACGGUCCUCGAUAUUGCAGGAAAUUACUCCAGAAUAAACUUUGGCGACUUUGACCCAGACCCUCGCAGGCGAUACACCUUCUGGACAUUUGUCUGUGGCAGUACGUUCCUGUGGCUAUCCAUGUAUGGGGUCCAUCAAGCACAGGUUCAGCGCUACAUAUCCUGUAAAUCUGAAAGGGAAGCUAAACUAGCAAUCUUGGUGAAUCAAGUGACUCUUUGCGUCAUCGUGUCAAGUGCGGUCGUCUGUGGAAUUGUAAUGUUCACAUUCUACCUGAACUGUGACCCUCUUCUUGCUGGAUAUGUCUCUGCUCCUGAUCAGUACAUUCCAUACCUGGUGUUGGAGAUAUUUGAACAGUAUCCAGGUUUCCCAGGUCUUUUCCUUGCUUGUGCAUACAGUGGGACACUCAGCACAGCAUCUACAAGCAUAAAUGCUAUGGCUGCAGUGACAGUUGAAGACCUCAUUAAGCCGAGAAUGCCCCAUAUCUCUAUGAAAAGGUUAAUACUGAUUUCAAAGGGACUGUCCCUGUUCUAUGGAUGUUCAUGUAUUAUAUUAGCUGCUUUAUCAUCAUUGCUUGGAGGAGGAGUUCUACAGGGCUCUUUUACAGUGAUGGGAGUGAUCAGUGGUCCAUUGCUUGGGGCUUUUAUACUGGGAAUGUUUACAACUUCAGGCAACACACCUGGUGUGUUCGCAGGCCUUCUUGUGGGUUUUUGUCUAUCCCUCUGGGUAGCAGUUGGAGGUACUCUUUAUCCACCAACACCAGAGAUAAUGGGAGUACUGCCCACGUAUGCAGAACAAUGUCCUAUCUAUAACUCUAGUCAAGGUAUCAUAUAUGGUCCGCCUGCUCCAAGAAACAUUACAGCUCCUUUACCAAGGACAACCAUUGCAGAUGAAUUCUACUCUUUGUCUUAUCUGUAUUAUGGCGCCAUAGGGACCUUUACCACAGUUAUAAUUGGCGUUCUUGUCAGCUACCUAACAGGACCUACCAAGAGAGAGACAAUCGCUCAUGGCUUGCUUUGGUGGGACCUAGUAAAAAUAACAACUUUAAAAACAACAGAGAUGCCACCUGAGGCUGAGAAGAGUACUCAAGAUAAUGUGAAGAUGGACGUCCCCUACAUUACCUUGCAGAAUAACCCCAAACUCCCAAAUCCUGAAAAUAAUCAAUUCAUUUUUAAAGAAGAUCUUACCUCUGCCCAGGAGAAGGACCCAAAGCAUCUUGCCAAAAACCGUUGCUUUACUUUUCGGUCUACAAACAAAGUUGACAGAGAGUCCUAUCUAUGAUUUUCAGAGGAUACUAACGCUACAGUCUAUUUACAAUCUAACCCAAUAUGACAUCAAAUGUCCAUGAACUGACGUUUCAGUCUCCAGACUUUAUGUUGAUUUACAUCAUGUUUUUUGUUUAAAUCCAUGAAACAUCGACCUAAAUGAACAAAAGAUGUGACAAGAAAUGUUGAUAUUUUAAAUGUAAUGUCUCCUUUAGGCAAUCCGUUGUUAUAUGUCAUAUCAGAGCAUAUUGGACUAAUACAGUACAUCCAAACUAACCGGCAAAAGCGAAAGAUGGAAGUAGUCACUAGCAGCUUUUGAUGAGCAAUGAUUUUAAAAGAUGAGUGUCACACAUUGCUUUGCUUUCCUGAGGAAUGGUUAGACUAUUGUGCACAUUCAUGUUCCGUUGACUUGCUUUAAAGAAGAAGUCCCAUGCCGAAAAACGUGUUUCCUAUCCACAGGAGAUAAGUUUGGCUCUUGGGGGUCUAUUCAUAUGUACAGUAUCCUGCUCAUAUUUGAUGUUGCAGAUUUGAAGAGGUGUUCAGUCAUUUAGUUUACAUUGAAAUCUGCAGCUUUAAAUAUGCAGUGUAUAUUUUUUUUUGUCAAAUCUGUUUUUAUUAACCACCAGAAAUACAAACAGAACAAUAUUGUAAUAAGGGCCUUUGUGCAGAUAGGCAAAGACAGCAAAAUGUCAUAACAACAGGGGGAGGUGUGAGGGGGCUUAAGAGGAAGGUAAGGGGCAAAGAAUAAUAUAGAGAACAUGGAAGCAAUCAUGGUUUCUGUUAUGUUGAUGGAAACUUGACUAGGUUGCUGCUUGAUUGCUGUUCCCUAGGAGAAGAGGAUGGAUAGGAGAGUCCCGAAAAGCAAUCCACUGGUUCUAGGUGGCAGCAAACUUGUCACGGGUCUCACUGGCCCAACAGGUAAGCUCCUCUAACCUACAAACCUGAUUCAUUUUGUCUAUCUAUUGUUGGGUGGAGGGGGCCGUGGUCUGGAGCCACAGGAGAGGAAUGAGCAGCUUGGCAGCUGUGAUCAUAUGAGUGGGUAAAGAUUGUUUAGAUGGACGCAAUAGGGCUGUGGGGAGCGCCAGCUCUACUAAAGGCAAAUUUAGCGAAAUGUUAGAGGAGCAUACCUUGUUGAUCAGUUUCUCGACCUCCCUCCAGAAGGGUUGGAUUAGUCCCACCAUAUAUGUGACAGAUUACCUGCCCCCCUUGGCAGCGCCAGAACAGCCUCGAGUCAAAAAAAUAGUACAGUCUCUCAGGUGUGUUAUACCAGCGGGAUAGGAGUUUGAAAUGACUCUCUUGUGUUUUGAUACACCUGUAAAAGCCAUGAGAAUUGUGGGUGAAUGAAACUUCUCUCUUUCUUUGUAAGGGUAAAGCGUAACUCUAUUUAAGAAGAGGGUAAGUAUAGCGGUGGGAGGGGGGAGAGUUCUGAUAAGAGUAUAGUAUAGUAAUAAGAGAGAUGUAUUUUGAGAGCAGCUCUGGAGAGGCAGGCCCUGUCUAACCAAUCAGGGUCAGUGGGGACGGAAAACUUAGAUAAGAGGGCGGAGCAAGUGCUCUUGAUCAUAUGAAGUUGACUGAAGUUUAAAUGGUGUGUGUUCACCAGCGUUUUGGUGUGGGCAUCUGAGGGCGCAUGACCCUGGGGCAGGAGGUCAGUCACGGAGGAUGUGAUCAGAAAGGAGCAGCCAUGUGCUAUCUGUGGCCACUAGGGAGGGCAGUGAUAAGUAAGGAAUAAGAUAGGCUGACAAUGGCCCAUGUUUAUCAAUCAGCCCGAAACCCUAAUUGUCUAUUUUUUUCAAUAUCAACCAAUCACAGCUCAGCUUUUACUUUACAAAAGUUCGUUAAUAGAUGAAAGCUUAGCUGUAAUUGGUUGUUAUGGGAAAAAACUGACAAUUAAGGUUUUGGGCUGAUUAAUAAAUCUCCUCCAAUAUGUGACAAGAAAAACACAAAACAUAUAUUAUGUGGCUAAAUUUCUCACUCUGAUAGAAAGUAACUACUAUAAAAUGCAACCAAACAUAAAAAAAAAAUAAUGUGUGCUAAAUUGUUUGCUUGUUUUUAAGAGGGGCAAAGACAGUAGCCAUGCCUGCUUCAAGGAGCAAUACUGUUGGCUACAAGGGCACUGCAGAAAAUCUUCAGCCAUCCAUAAAAAUACUAAUAAAUUAUUCAGUCUGUUAUCCAGACCAUCAGACAUAGCCCUAUUACACAAUAUUCCUUGUAACGGUGUUCUCAUUUUGCUGUUCAUUUCAUGUUUUCUGCAACUAGGACAAAAUAAAUGCUUCAUUUCAUAAUAAAUAUCUGUACACUCAAUUGUAUAUCAUUUUG